AUGGGAUGGACUUACGUUCUAUGGUGUCUGUGUUUGUCAGCGAGCGAGUGCUGGCAGCUGGCCAGUACUGAGACGGUAAUGCAUGGGAAGGUCCAGUCCCCUCAGUAUCCACAGCCUUACCUUCCCAACCUGCAAAAGGAAUGGGAUCUCUGCGUUCCUGAAGGAUACCAGAUCGAGCUGUCUCUUACACACCUGGAUAUUAAACCUUCUAUGGGCUGCUAUCAAGACUCUCUGACGGUUGUCCAUGAUCAGAAGGUCCUGGGGAAGUUUUGCGGUCAGGAGAAUCCAGGCAAACAGUCGAUCUUUUCACAAGACAACAGACUGACUCUAAUAUUCCAAACAAGUGACUCCACCGCAGAGCUCCAACAGCACAUUGGCUUCUCUGCUACCUACAAGGCAAUAGACAUAGAUGAGUGUUCAGAACAGGACCCUGGAGAUGGCUCUGGUCCACUCUGUUCUCAGAUCUGCAUCAACACCCCUGGGUCUUACUACUGCUCCUGCCACAAUGGUUAUAAACUUCAUUUGGACCAGCAUACAUGUUUGUCCUCCUGUGGUGGUUGUAUAUUUGAUAAGCGUGAGGGACGUCUGUCCAGUCCUGGGUACCCUGACCCUUCACCUCCUUUUCUGUCCUGCAAGUACAUCAUCUCUGUGGAGCCCAGAUUCAUUGUCACUCUAAACUUCACCGACAACUUCCACAUAGAGAGUGUGGACACUCAGCAAGGUCCCAGGUGUCUACAUCACUGGCUGCAGGUGACCAUCCCAGACAGAGAGCCCAUGAAGCUGUGUGGUGCAAAAAGUCCAGGUCUGAUAGCUACAAAUUCCAGCACUGUCAGACUGGACUACCACACUGACAAUGAAGGCCUGAGUCUCGGCUGGAGGUUCGACUAUAGCACAAACGAAGUCAAAUGUCCAUUUCCUGGAAAUGUGGCUAAAGGCAGAGUGACUCCUGUCUUGACUGAAUAUUUCUUCAGAUACAACAUCUUUGUAACCUGUAAGCCAGGACACAGGCUGAUGAUGAAUGGUCGAGAGCUCAAGACAUUCUCAGCCAUGUGUCAAAGUGACGGGCAGUGGCACCUCCCUCUGCCAGAGUGCCAGAUUAUUGAUUGUGGAGAACCCAAACCUUUGCUGAACGGAGGGGUGACGUUCCUGACUGGCUUUCAGAAUCAGUACCGUUCUGUUGUUCAGUAUCACUGUAAUGAACCAUUUUACUCUCUCCCUAAGGGUGUAGAUGUUUUCACCUGUAAAGCAGACGGAAAGUGGAGAUCUAACCACACCGAUGUCUCCAACACGACUCCAACAUGUAUACCUGUCUGUGGCCAGCCCACGAAACUCAUCUCUACCUAUCAGAGGACCGUUGGAAGCAGUGAAGCAGUGAAUACCAUCCCCUGGCAUGUGCUCCUGAGUAUAGAUGGACAUAGAGCCGGAGGCACGGUGAUUGCAGACCGCUGGAUUAUGACUGCAGCUCAUGCCCUAACAUAUAAUGGAAAUGUAGUAUCAAAUGAGUCUUUACGGAUAUACAUAGGACUCACUGAUGUUACCAACCUGCAAAGCUCUCCUGUGUUGGCUGCUUCAAUCCAUAUUCACCCGGAAUACAACAAUCCUAACUUCUUAGACUUCAACAAUGACAUCGCCUUGAUCAAACUGCAAGACCCAAUCACAUUCAACUCAUCCAUUAUGCCAAUCUGUUUGCCAGCAGAGGGUGCAACAUACGUCACUGACAUGAUAGGACUGGUGUCAGGCUUUGGCCUUGCAGGCGAACAGCUGAUUUCAGCAAAUAAGCUGAAGUAUGUGCACCUCCUUGUGGUGGAGCAAGAGAUGUGCAGAAGUGCAGUUGAAAAACUGAAGAAGGCAACGGACAACUACAACUUCCCAAGUCUGACAAAUAACACGUUUUGUGCUGGAGUCCCUGAAGGCGGUAAGGACUCCUGCCACGGUGACAGUGGAAGCCCCCUCGCUGUGAGGGAUGAGGGACGCUUCUGGGCUGCUGGGAUUGUCAGCUGGGGGGCUGACUGUGGAGCGCCGGGAACAUAUGGAGUCUAUACCAAAGUCAGCAACUACCUGGACUGGAUCAACAAGACCAUGAAGGAGAAUUGA